CAAUGGUUUCAUGUUUUGGUGCACGCGGAUCAUAGGCGGAAGUGAACAAUUCGAGCAAUUUCCUUUUCCUAUUCGUAAAAUUUUGAAAUCUUAAAAUAUAUUACAACUUUACCAAAGUUUGGUAGAUUAGAUUGAUCAUUGCUGUGAUCGUGUGAGUAAUAGACUCAUGGAGGUGACAGAUUUAAACGAUCUUUUAAAUGUACGCACAAUUAAAAUGGAAAGUGUUGAAAAUGCAUUUGAUGAAGCUUCGGGCAGUGUAGAUACUUCAGAUCCUCUUUCUGUGAUACCUCAAUAUGUUACGGAAUCUGAUUUAGGUUUGAUGCCGACAGGAGUGGAGAUCCUGCAGGCUCCGCUGGCCGUGUUCGAGGAUGCUCCAGAGGAUGAGGACACCAUGCUGAGCACUGACUCUAGUGAGGAGGUAAUAGUACAGUUAAUGGACAUCCGGACCCGCCUGUCCAAACUAAGAAGUAUGUUGGAACGAAGACUGGGUGUCGAUCUGUCAGAUUACACGUUUUGGCUGCAAGAUGCUAAAAUGCUGGAAAACCACAAGACCCUAGUAGAGCAAUGCAUCAGGGGCGAAGGCGUUGUUCAGGUCAAUAUACAAGUGCGAGCGGCGGAGAGGAAGAUCAACAUACUCGACGUUUUGAAACCGGAUGAAGAACUGGUAGCAUUACCUACGCCGGCCCCAGAACUAGAAGAGACGAUAGAGGAAACGGAAAUAAUAGAGCCAGAGCCGGACGCGCCACACGCAGCCGCCGUCAAGUGGGUGGUGGACGCUAACUUCAAGCAGCACCACAGUCGAGCCAGCAUACCCGACGACCCUGCUGAUUGGUCCGUACAACACGUCAAACUGUGGAUACAGUGGGCGGUGCGACAGUUCAAUCUGACAGGUGUCAAGCUGUCAGACUGGCACAUCAGUGGGUGGACGUUGUGUGCGCUAACUAAUCUAGACUUCAAAGAAAAAGUACCAUCGGACCCGGGCGACUUGUUUUGGACCCACUUUGAACUUUUGAGGAAAUGCAAAUUUAUCGCAGUGGUUCAGAACCAAGACCAGACCAAACCUGAUCCGCUGGAAACGCCACAGUCGGCCAUCAAGAAACGACCCAAAAUGCAAGUGAUCCACUCAUAUACAGAUGAGGAGGCGACGUUCGCUCACACUCGGAAUGGAAACAAUGGACAAGUGCAGUUGUGGCAAUUUCUUCUGGAACUACUGACGAGUGCUGAACAUCUGGACGUGAUACGGUGGCACGGCACUGAGGGCGAGUUUAAGCUCCUCGAGCCGGAGCGAGUGGCUCGACUGUGGGGGGCGCGUAAACACAAACCCGCUAUGAACUACGAGAAACUGUCCAGGGCUUUGCGAUAUUAUUACGAUGGCGAUAUGAUCGCGAAAGUUGCGGGGAAAAGAUUCGUGUAUAAGUUCGUAUGCGACCUUCAGCAGCUGCUCGGGUACGGCGCCGGCGAGCUCGCGCAGCUCGUGCAGGAGGUGCACGACGACAGGCACGAGGCGUAGGCGGGUCACUAACACCAAUCGGGUCACCCACAUAAAAUGAUGAUCACGUGGGCUGGUCACGCGAACAUUCUCGGAUUCACGUGAUCACAGCACAUCAGUGGCUGCUUAGUGUAGCAACAUGGGUCACUCAUUCAAAAACUCGUCUUCGUGUGUUCGACAGCGGGAUAAAAAAAAUCCUCUAAAAUUAAGAAUUACAUUUUUAUUAAUUAAAUGCCCCUUUGUUUAUGAUAAGAUGAUCUCUAAGUGACCUAAAAGCUUUCAUUGUUACCUAUGUAUGAUGUAAAUUUGUGUGUAUAUAGGGCGAUUUUUUUCCGAUGGAUUGGACAAAAUUUAGAUGCUCUGAAGAGCUCAUUCUGGGCGCAAAAAAUAAAAUAAAUAAAUAUAUAUUUGGGAACAAUCUUGCAAAGAUCGACAUAAGGUCAAACUAAGCAAAGCUUGUGUGCUGUGGAUAAGUCAGGGGGGGGGGGGUCAUCAGAGUAAUGAGGGCUCAGGGAGGGGGGGGGGGGGUCAUGACCCCCAUGACAUGACACCUGCAUCCAUCCAUCCUUCUUGCGGAUUUACACCAAAAUUCAAAUUUAAAACGUCAAUAUAGACAUUAAUACGAAGUCUGUUGAUGUAUAAGUAGUAAAUAUUCCUUGACCGACGUAUGUUUGCGUAUGUGCGUGUGUAAAUAGUGUAUUUAAGGUAUGUUUGUACAAAUACAGUUUAUGCUUGUUUCCUAUA